AUGCCUUUGUUUCUCUCAACACAGAAAUGGCACCGCUUAGACAACGUUGGGGCCAUUUCUACGAUCGCUAUUAUAUGCCUCCAUCUCUCUUGUUUUGACUCGGAUGCACUCGUGGAGAUUCUAAAGUAUUUUUUUUUAUUUUCGGUUAUAAUCCUACAGGAGGCGGAUCCGUGGAAUAUCUUCUACACCGCCGUUCCCAUUUCGUUUGCCGCGCUUAUGGUGGCUGUGUCACACUAUGUACAUUCUCAGAAACGACGUCGUUUAAUACGGAAGAACUUCUGCAUAGGCUUUGUGCUGUGUGUGCUCGGCAUCAUGUGCUUUACUCGUGGGCUGGACGUCCCAGCCGAUCCGUUUGGCAUAUGGCACGGGCUCUUCCACGUGUUCGUGGGAUUGGGCCUUUACGAGAUGCUCAUGGGGCUGCGACAGCGCGGGAAGACGAACUAUGUGGAAAGAAUGAAGCCGGCGUCUGAGGGUUUUGACGUUUGA